AUGUUACCCCAACAAGCGCCUAUUAUCGUCCAACGACAGCACAGCACCCGUCACCAGCGACAACCUUCCUCCUCUUCGUCUUCUUCCAAACCUCCAGCAUCGUCAUCUCGUCCACCUACUACAGAAUCCUCAACCAUUGGCACCCGAGAACCCGAGUCACAGCGAUUGACUCCUGCUGCUCCUGUAGUUAUUUCACCCGCCGCUGUCCCUUUGUCACGUCCAGGUGGCCACUCAAGACGGGCAUCCGAUAUGUCUGAAGCCACUAGUACCGUCACAACCUCCAACGGGACCCCAGUACAUGCUCCGUCUGUUGUUCCCGAGGAAGGUAGCAGGUCAGGCCAUCACACAUCAUCACAACGUCCUAGAAAAACAUCUAUCCAUGGAUCUAGUGGAACAUGGAUUCUCGGGAAGACCAUCGGAGCUGGUAGUAUGGGAAAAGUGAAACUUGCUAGGAAAUCAGAUGGCUCAGAACAGGUCGCGGUCAAGAUUGUACCCAGGCAAAUAAUCCAGGAGCGGGGCAUAGACCCAGCAACCGGCCAGCCUUACCCACCUCGCCAUGAUGAGAGCAAAGAAGUUCGAACCGCACGAGAAGCAGCUAUAGUUACACUGCUUGAUCACCCCUACAUUUGUGGAAUGCGCGAUGUUAUAAAAACCAACAAUCACUGGUAUAUGCUAUGUGAAUAUGUUAACGGCGGGCAAAUGCUUGAUUAUAUAAUUUCGCACGGGCGCUUGAAGGAAAAGCAAGCUCGUAAGUUUGGUCGACAGAUUGCCAGUGCAUUGGACUAUUGUCACAGGAAUUCGAUCGUUCACCGUGAUUUGAAGAUAGAGAACAUCCUAAUUUCAAAGACUGGCGAUAUCAAAAUCAUAGACUUUGGUCUUUCUAACCUUUUUUCCCCUCGAUCACACCUUAAGACCUUUUGCGGAUCUUUAUACUUUGCAGCUCCGGAACUUUUGCAAGCCAAGCAAUACAUUGGGCCGGAAGUUGACGUCUGGAGUUUUGGGAUUGUUUUGUAUGUAUUGGUCUGUGGAAAGGUCCCAUUCGAUGACCAAAGCAUGCCCGCGUUGCAUGCCAAGAUCAAGCGUGGGGUAGUGGACUAUCCACAGUGGCUUUCCGGAGAUUGUAGAAAUCUUUUGGCGAGAAUGCUUGUAACCGACCCCAGGCAGCGUGCUUCCCUACAGGAGAUUCUCAAUCACCCAUGGAUCCUCAAAGGCUUCCCCGGCCCUCCCGAGAAUUAUUUACCUCAUCGCGAACCUCUUUCUGGUACCCUGGAUGCCGAGGUCAUUCGUGAUUACCAGACUGCUGUGCGAAAUGCAGCGAAGGAACCUCUUAUGGCAUCUCCAAGCCUUGAGAAAAGGAAGGCCUUUGGCUUUGAAUUUUAUAAAAGGCGGUCAUCCACAAGCUCCAAAGAUACUCUGACAAAUCUAAGUACCGAAGUACUAUCCCACCCAAGUAGUCCUGACCCUAUCAAUGCAUAUAAUCCCCUGAUUUCUGUUUAUUAUCUGGUUCGCGAAAAACUGGAGAGGGAUUCCAUCAGCAAAUCGCCCGCUGGCUCGCAGCCCCCACUGCCAAUCCCCGACGUUGAGAAGCUCCGAAUACCAAUCCCCAAGCAGCCAGAAAUCGCACAUACAAGUGAGGCUAGUUAUGAGGUGAAGGGAGAACCAGCAUCUACAAGUGGAAGGACCCGUCCUAGGGCAAGAACGCACGGUGACGAGGAAGUUUCGGAGGCAAUGAAAAAGGUCAAUUUGGGUGGUGUAUCUCUUCCACCGUCGCCAGUUGUUCCGCAGUCAGCAAUCAAAGAGGAUUCUGUCGUCAGGAAGGAAAGUACCGUUGGGGGGAUGCUUAGGCGGUUUAGCACUAGAAGACAUAAUGCCAAGGCGCUUGCACCACCAACUUUAUCAGUACAGGCGCCUGGCCAAGCACCAGUCGAAAUCGCAGCCCCUCGUAAAAGUCUCUCCGUGCGGAGACCUCCGACAGAACGACAGCCUGUACCGUCCGGUGCAUCACAUUCUGGAGCACCCGACCUUCUAACCCCUCCCACAACAGCUGAUGGUCUUCCAGGCUCAAAGAGAUCUGCCAAGAUCGGGAGGUCCACUAGUGUCUCCGAGGUGGACUGGCGACGUAAAUAUAGAGGGCAGCACCAAUCUGGAGAUCCUCCUGGAACAAGUGGCUCAGAUCGUUCGGCAUUGUCUGUCAAAGAAGAAACUACACAGAACGAGAAGGGGGCGAAUAGCUUCUCAAAACCGUUGACAAUGCGGGCAAAAUCUUUAGGACAUGGAAGAAGAGAGAAUAUCGCUCGACGUACUCGUAGGGAAGAAGCUGCAGCGGCGACAUCGGUCCCUAACGAUGUCCCAGAAGAGGAUGUUGGUGAUGGAGCGACCUCAGCGGGCAGCGGAGAUGGCGCAUCCACCACUCCAUCAUCCGAUUUUGUCAGGCCUGUCUACUUGAAAGGGUUAUUCAGUGUGGCGACGACUUCGACAAAGCCACCUGUUGAAAUACGAAUGGAUAUUAUCCGGGUUCUGAAAGAGUUGGGUGUUUCCUAUAAGGAGAUUAAAGGUGGAUUUUCCUGCGUUCAUAGGCCCAGCAUCGAUCUCAAGAGCGUUCAGGAGAAUGUCCCACAAACCCCUGAAGCCACCAAUAUGGUCAACCCUCCCUCACACAGGCGUAAGCUUUCAUUUGGUGGUUCCACUAGUAGUAGUUCAGCGCCUGCACCCCCACCCCCGGCGAUGAAGGGUCAGGGCAAGAGGAACAGAGCAGACACAAGCUAUACAAACAGCGAUGUCUCAAACGAAUCAAUGCAUGAUGGGGUUCUAGGAGGAUCUUUAAUUCUCAAUUUCGAAAUCUAUAUCGUAAAGGUCCCUUUGCUUUCACUGCACGGUAUUCAAUUCAAGAGUGUUAGCAAAACGAAUACGUGGCAAUACAAGGGUUUGGCAAGUAGGAUUCUUCAGGAAUUGAGGCUAUAA